AUGAGCGAUAGCACCCUAAACUGGCGCAUUCAAGUCAGCGCAAAUGAUACAUGCAGAGUCGAUGCAGUCGAUGCUGGAUGUGAACUGCAUCUCGGCUUUAUUGGCCGUCGCCCCGCACUGGUCAAGUUCGCAGCCAUCCUGGCCGUUAUCGUAAACUGGACGAGCACAAUCGAUAUCUUCCUCCUCACGUGUGAAUCCGUGGUCAUGCGCCGUGCCUACAGACUCGCCGAGACGGACAUUCUCGCCGAGACGGACAUCCUCCGGGUCUGUGUUGUUCCCUUUUCGCACCUUGCUCUGUCCGAGCCAUUCUGCCAGGUGCCCCUGACUUCGGUGCUAUCAUCGACUUGA